UGUUACUUUGAGUUUAUCUUCAAUGAAUUAGCUUUACACAGACACUAAAACGCAUGGCUGUUGUUGUUCUCCUGCAGCACAGCGAGACGCAUCAGUCAUUCAUUCAUGAUUGAUGACCUGUGAGGAAGCAGGCUAUCCUUUAUCCAUUUUCCACUACGACUGAACCACUGCACCAAACCACUAACUUCCUUUGUUUUAGUAUUUAUUUUGAACCACUAAUGCAACCUGGGUACUGAGGAGAUAGUCAGUUUUGAAUGUUAGUUUUAGCAGCACUUUCUUUUAUAAUCCUACUGACACCUAACUGGAACCUCAUGGGUGGAUGGGAACAUGAGGAGCGCUCUGUCUGAUCUGAACCAGCUUCCAAGUAGCUAGAAGAUCUGAUCGAAGCACAACAGACAGCCCCAUUGUGUGGACUAAGAACUGAGGAGGAACGAGAUGACGAUGGUGAUAGGGAUGAUGAUAAAAGAGGCCCAGUGACAGCGUUGAUCCCGCACCAGGAAGCAGAGGAGUUGUCACAAGGCUGCAGACAUGAGUCUUCGCCAACCCACCUCUACACUGGACAGGCUCAGCAGUCUGACCAUCGGGGACUCGGAUCGCAAAUCCUCUGCCGCCCAGCAGAGGGAGCCAACGGCCGAUAUCCCCGCUGAGAGCACAGGUCCUGGUCUUGUGCAGAGAUGUGUGGUCGUGCAGAAGGACCAGCUCGGUUUCGGCUUCACAGUGUGUGGAGAGAGAGUCAAGCUAGUGCAGAAUGUCCGACCAGGUGGUGCAGCAGUCAAGGCCGGGGUCCAAGAGGGGGACCGGAUCAUAAAGGUGAACGGCUCGCUGGUGUCCUCCAUGUCCCAUCAGGAGGUGGUGAAGCUCAUCAAAUCUGGAACAUAUGUAGCUCUGACACUACAAGGACCUCCCCCAUCAGCUGCUUCCUUGCCCUUAGAGCCCCUCCCCACUGACCUCACACCCAAUCAAAGAACGUCUCUGGGUGGGGAAGCUCCACCCCCUCCUCCUCCACCCUUGCCCUCUGGACUGAGCAGCAACCCUUCCCAAAGAAUCACUGGACCUAAACCACUACAGGACCCAGAAGUACAAAAACAUGCCACUCAGAUACUCAGGAAAAUGCUGGAGCAGGAAGAAGCUGAACUGCAGGACUUGAUGGAGGAGCGGUUGAGGAACCCGUCGCCGUCACUGGAGGAGCGGAUAGAAAGCGCGAAGAGGAGAGCUCACCAAGUCAGGGUCAAGAUUCAGCAAGAUCUGGAGGGAACGCGAUCAGAAUCUAUCACAAGCUACGUCAUAGCUGGAGAAGGUCGACUAUCAGUGGACUCAAGCGAAGGGGACAUGGAGGCCUUUGAGAGUCCCCACUCCUCCCCCUCAUCCUCCUUCAGGACCCCCCUACACCGACGGCAGAGCUCCGAUACACACACCCUCUCCGAUUCGGGCGGAAAGGCCCAGAUCAUUGGCCCUGAGGAAGAAGAUGAAGAAGAUGACGGCUAUGCAUUUAAUGAGAUGGAUGGUCCAUUCCAGGACAUUGAGUUGCUGAAAUCACGACCAGCACACAUGACAGUUUUCAUGAGAUAUGUCUUCACUCAGCUUCUGGACCCCAACCCUCUGCUGUUUUACCUCUCGGUGGAGGCCUACCUGGGCUCCAGUCCUAAAGAUGCCCGCGCACUUGCACCUCAGAUCUGCUCCCAUUACCUGGACCCAGAUGCUCCCUUGAAAAUCAAAGUACGAGAGGAGUAUCUCACAGAUAUCGAGAGUCGGUUACACGCCCAGGAGGACAUCAGAGGACCCCUGUCUGAGCUGCAGCAGCAGGUCCUGCCGGACAUUCAGGACCAGAUACAGGACUACAGGAACAAGCAGAUGAUGGGUCUCGGCUCUCUGUUUGGAGAAGGAGAUCUGCAGCACCUUGAUGGAGACCCAGUGAAAGAGAGACAGGUGGUGGACAGACAGGUCACUGCCCUCUGGGAGAUAUUAUCAAAGCACGAAGAGGACAGAAGUUCUCCUCUGGCAUCAGCGGUCCUCCUAUACCUGCGUCAUUCUGGUAUCAAAAUAAGAGACUCCAAGGUCUUCCCUGGUCUGAGUACAGAGAAGGAGAAGUGGCUUGCUUUCUUAAAGACGAAAAAGCUGAGUGGUACCAAGAAAGAGAAAGAUGGAGAGGAUAAAAAGAGAAAUCCCAUCCUGAAGUACAUCGGCAAACCCCGAACCACAUCGCAGUCCACAUUCCAUGUCCCGUUGUCACCCAACGAAGUCCGUCCUGGCAGUGUGAGGAACAUCAUUCAGCAGUUUGAGAAUCACACGGAGACGACAGGAGAGGAGGGAGGUGACGCUGCCGACGCCCAGAGGCUCUCCUCCAGCAGCCUGGGAGAAGACAGCAUGGACAGCCCUACGGUCUCGGUGCGUCUGGCACGCAGCGAGUCGUUGAAGGCUCAAGGAGAAGGGCGUCGGCGGGGUGUUGCCUCAGGAACGGAGUCUGUCCCCCGCUCUCGUAGUGAUGUGGACAUGGAGGACUGCGGGGAGGAGAGGGAGGGGCCUGGCCUCAGGCUGCUGCAGCACAGCGCCUCAUCGUCUGCGUCCAGCAGCUCUGCGCGGUCUCUAGAGAACCCUACACCCCCAUACACCCCUCGGUCUAGACGCAGGAGCGUGGACUCACCCCUUGCCCUGCUACCGGACGCCGCGGCGCUGGAAGAGGAGGUGUGUGACGGUCAGAACUGGCAGGACACGGUGCCUCCUCAGCUGCUCGCCUCACUCAGCCCGAGGGAGGUGGACAGACAGGCUGUUAUAUAUGAGCUGUUCACCACCGAGGUGUCCCACCUGCGCACCUUGCGGGUCCUGGACCAGGUCUUUUUCCAGAAGAUGAGGUCUGUGCUGAACUCUGAUGAGCUGGCCUGCAUCUUCCCCAACCUGCCCCAGGUCUACGAACUCCACGCAAGUCUGUGUGAGGCAAUGAAGAAACGAAGAGAAACUCCCAUCGUUCAGGACAUCGGGGACGUGAUGCUGGCCAGGUUUGAAGGUGCAGCUGGAGACGAGUUUCAGGAACAGGCGUCCCAGCUGUGCAGUCAGCAGUCUCAGGCUCUGGAGCUCAUCAAGAACAAACAACGUAAAGACCCUCGCUUCGCUCACAUCAUCCAGGAGUGUGAGGCGAGUCCUCACUGUCGGAGGCUGCAGCUGAAAGACCUGCUGGUGUCGGAGAUGCAGAGACUCACCAAGUACCCUCUGCUGCUGGACAACAUCAUUAAACACACAGAGGCUGGUUCGUCGGACCUCCCCUCACUCCAGCGGGCCCAGGCUUGUUGCCGAGGGAUACUGCAGGCUGUCAACGAGGACGUCAGGGAAACAGAACAUCGGCAACGUCUCAGCCAAUACCAACGCAGACUAGAUGCUGCCCCUCAAUUCAAGAGUCUGGACCUGACCACAAAGAGAAUGAUUCAUGAAGGUCCUCUCACCUGGAAAGUGAGCAAAGAUAAGCAGAUAGAGAUCCAAGCGCUGCUGCUGUCAGAUUGCCUGGUCCUCCUUCAGAGGGGCCCAGAUGACCGGCUGCAGCUGCGAUAUCCAUCCCGCUGGCUGGGUGGAGGCGGAGGAGGCAGCGGAGACAGCAAGACCUCCUUCAGCCCUCUGGUGAAGCUGGACUCACUGCUGGUCCGCUCAGUAGCUACAGACAAUAAAGCCCUGUACGUCAUCAGCACCACAGAGAGGCAGAUCUACGAGCUGGUGGCCGGAACAUCAUCAGAAAAAAACACCUGGAAAGAUUUACUUGAGAAGACUGUCUCGUCAGCGGAUGGCUCAUCACCCCUGAUCAAUCAUGGAUCCAUGCCACUACCUUCCCCCAGUAUACGCAGCGCUUCCCCAGUAUCAACUGGCAGCAAUGUCGAUGCAGACAACUCGAUGACAGAGCAGUCAGAUUCCAUGGAGACUCAUUCCUCCAACAACGACAUUGUGCUCUCUGACAACACACCUGUGGACCAAUCAGGCGCUUUCAUCUGUGGUGAAAGGCAAGCAGUUGGGGUGGCAGAAGCCGCUUUACAAGAUGUUGAAACACUUCGGCGGCUCAUAUCACGAGACCUGGAAGAGGACGGAUGGAGCCACGAUUCAGAUGACACACCCACCAACGAGACGGCCAAUGAGGGGAGCUCGUUCUCUGACAGACAGCGGCCGGAGUCUUUGGAGACCAUCCUCAACUUCAGCACCAACGACUUGGAGGCUGAACCUGAGGAGGUUCCGCCCUCAGACACUGAACAGCCCAGCGUUCAGGUCAUAAGGAAAGCUGUGGUUGCGGGUCCUUCUUCUUCUUCUGUCCCUGAUGGCAUCACUGAUGAUGUCGCCCCAGACCAAUCAUCCAAGCCGAGAGGCGAGGCCACUACGCAGGGGAACACUUUCUACUUGGUAAUGCCGACAGAGCAGGGAGAGAGCGUCACCGAUGAUCUCAACGACCCUCCGACCCCCACCGCCAGCCACUUCCCUCAGCCUCCGGAGGAAGUGAUGGCACCGCAGACGCAGCCUGCGGAGGAGACGCCAGCCUGCGGUUCAGAGUCCAACCAAUCAGAGGCUAUGCAACCGGAACAGGAAGAAGAAACGGGUCAAUCACAGGCUGGGCACCAGAGUCACGUGAUCAAAAAUGUGGAUGAGAUUUUCAACACAAUCGAGGGGUUGAUGAGCAAGUUGCGCCAGCUGAAGGAAAUAGAGAAGGCUCAUCACAAGCUUUUGAAAACCCUCACAGAGCCCUCUGUCAAUCAGGAAUCAGGCGACCAAAAGAAUCACUCGGCAACUGUCUCCAGGACGCCAUCUCUGGAUCGCGGCUCAGGAGACGGUAAAGAAGGAAGUCCAGCAGAACCCAAGAUUCAAUCAACUGGAUUCUGAUGUUGCUCUGGAGUGGAUUUACUUGCAGUCAUUCAGUCUUGAUUGAUGGCAUAUGAACACAUCCAUAUGUACCUAUUGUCAGACUCGGGCACUGUAGCCCCGCCUCCCCUUGCCCCACAUCCCUGCAUGCACCGACCAGUGGAGCAGAGCCUAAGGACUGUAGCCGUUUUUGUUUUUCUGGUUCCCUGGGAUACCAAGAAACUGGUCGGACUCAUCAGGAUUUCUGAGGUCAACGCAACCUCUGACUUCUACCAGAGCAUGAGGAGGAGUCCAGGGCAAGUGAGGACAAAAGUAUGAAGGAACAAAAAGGCAGAAGACAAGUUGACUAGUGAAGAGAAAAGGAAAAGUUGGAAGAGCUGGAAAAAUGACCAAGUUGGAUAUUUGUGAAGGAAAGUGAUUUGUAUGUCUUGCUUUUAAGAGCUGGUUGAAGGAACGGAGCAGAAAAGUGUUGAAAUGUUAAUUUAAGGAAAAAUCCGAGGGACCCAUCACCCCAGCACUUUACCCACAAUGCAUCCCUCUGUCAUGUACAUCUUCUACAGUGGACAGAUCAGGGACUGGACAUGCCUUGGGCUUCAUUUAGGGGCCGACACUUAAGCAAAGAUGGCCUCUGGGGGUCCCCUCCCCCCUUCCACUGGUUGCUUUACACUGAGUUCACCUGCCACUACGGCCGAAGGACUGUGUCUAUAUAAUUCAGGUUAUUUGCACUGGGUAAGGAAACCAAUAUCACAAACACACAAGCAUCCUUUAACCUUAUUAUUCAUCUCAGAUGUUCAUGUCCCCCCACUGUGGGAGAAACGGUAGUUAUUAUCUAUGGGAACAGUUGCAGGCAUGCUGUCAUAUCCUUAAGCCUUUUUUUUAAGCUACAAGAUGGCUAUCCAUCAAUGCAACGUAUUGAUCAUUACAUGUUUGGUAUUGAUUGUUUUUUUUAAGUUCUGGAAACACUACUGCGCUGUUUACUACUGAAAUGCUGGCAGGUUUUAUUUUCAGCGCUGCUUCAGAGGCGUACAGGGAUCUCAGCGAUUCAAAUAACAAGCUCAGCGGAUUCACACAGCUGUUAUGAACAUGUAGAGUUGUUAAGGUUAAACAUUUGGGAGAUUUUGGAUGUUUUUGGGCUGUUUUAAGACGGGCAACGAGUGUGAGGAAACAAGACAAUGACAGAUUCAAACAUAGAAACUUGAAUUUUCAGUGAAAACCUGUUUGUUACUCAAUUACAUUGCUGCCAAAUAAUACCGCUGACAUUGCCUGUCUACACUUUAAGAUUUGACUGUGCAUCCUUUAGCCCUCUCCAGUGUAUCGUGUGUGGAAAAACCACAGGAAAUACUGUGAACCAGCAUCUUCUCCCCUCUCCCAUCCAGUGGUCAUGCCAUACAGUGUUUAUAUAUAACCCUCAAGCCAUGACCCUUUACCAAGUAGCUUUGCAAUGUGAGACCUCCCUGAACUGAACAACUUACAUUUAUUCAAAGAUAAGAAAAGCUUUGUAAAAAUUAUUAAAUUUCACAUCAAGGUCACCUCACAGUUGAUGAAGCAAAAAUGCAUUUAAAGAAAGAGCUCAACAUUUUGAUAAAUGAGUUUAACUGCUUUCCUGCCAAGAGUCUUCCAGCCAGCAGCUGGUUAGCUUAGCUGAACGUAAACAAUGGAAGCAAAAGGAAACGGCCAGCCUGCCUCUAAAGCUCACUAAAUAAUAUGUUACAUCUUGUUUGUAUAGAUUAGACAAACGAGAUGAAAUUUGUUAAUUAGUCAGCUUUAUAGGUGCUGGCAGGUGGAGUUUGUCACUUUGAAAAGAGCCAGACAAAGUUUCAUCCCUCUGUUUCGUGUGUUUAGGCAGAGCUAAGCUUACAUGCUGCUGACUCCAGCUCUGUACUUAUUACACAGACAUGAGAGCAGCAUUGAUCUCCUCGUCUAACUCUUGGCGUGAAAUCGAAUUAGCGUAUUUCCCAAAAUGUCGAACUAUUCUUCUUACUAUUUUCGGAUCAUAUGUAGGCGUUUAUCGUCCUUGACGUUGAGAAAUGUUUUGUUUAUGCCUUGGUUGAGGCAUGUAUAACCAGCAAAAACUGACACUUAAGCAAAGUUUGUCUCUGAUCUUUUUUUUUUUUUCAAAGUCCAUCUCUAUGGAUCUAAACACACACUUGAUAGAAAAUAUGUAUUUAAACAUCUACAAGGAAAGAACAUCUUAAUGAGAAGUUCUGGCUCAUACCAGUUAAAAUGUUUGUUUUUUUUAAUUUGUUUAUAGCUUCUUUCUCUCUCUAAUCAAGCUGGGCAGAAUCAAACUGAACUGAAUUUUAUUUGAGCUGGUUUCAAAUACUAAUUGGGGAGGGCUAUAGUUAGUUACCCGGCCUCUUUACCAGCAUCAGACCUGACACUACACCACCAAACUGAACCACACUAUCAGCCACUGAGUCUGCUACUAAAAUGAUGUUUCACUGCCUGGAGGAAGGUUUUCACUCUUUAGCCAGCACACCCUAAGGAGGAGGAGUUCAUCAAGAGGUCUGACUUUCACAUAUGUACAGAUGUAAACAGAAAAACAAAAAAAAAAAACAACAGUGCUACUGAUCGCCAGGAUGGCUGAUUUUCACAGCUGACCCUGUAUGAACUCGCAGAAGAAUUUGUGCUAAAAUGUAAAAAUGUUCUACCAAAGUGAAAUAUCUUUUCAGAGGUGUUGAAGGGAACUGUUUUUUUGUAGUCAGAUUUUGGCUGCUGUUUUUCAAGCAUCUCAGACCAGGAAACUGAAGUUUUGUCUAUGAAAAGAAGAAAAAUAUUCCUAAAUAUUAACAUUCUUCCAUGUCUUUACAUGCAAUAUUAGUUUUUGGCCAUAGUUUCACAGAAGAAAUUAGGAGUAUCGGAUUAUCACUUGGUCUGAGCUGGUUGAAUCAAAAUUACAAUCUCUCUCUAAAAAUCUAUCCAUGCAUCUCCUUUUCUUUUCACCCACCUCUAACUACAGAAUUUUCAUCCCCAAUUUCUACCUCUACACCUCAGUUUCUUUGUAUCUUCAAUUAUCUCCUUUUUCCUUUUUCUUUUCUUUUUUACAUUUAUAUCAUACAUUGACAUCAGCGUUUGGCCCUAACCGGCUAUAAAGAAGCUAUAACUGAUUUCCCUUUUUUUGUAAUAUUGCACAAAUAAAACUUCCCUGCACAGUGCAAACUACUGUAUGCAUACACACAUCUUUAACUUUCAUCUCAUUGUCUUUUUAUUUUGUUUUAAAAAAAAAAAAAAAAAAAAUCGUGUUCACUCAUAUAAUAUAGAGAAAUCAGACCCACUUGUUUUAUAUAUGUUAAUUUUUUCUGUAAAGCCUUAGUCCUCGUAUUUGAUUUUAUUUUUGUAGAUAUGAUUAAAAAAAAGGAUGUAUAAAUUAUUUUCUUUGCCCUUGUUUUUAAAAUUGGUGAGAUUGUUAGCUGCACAGAAGCAAAGAGGAGCGAGCUCAUGUUUAAGAUUCAUGUGUUUUUGUGAGAUUAAAAGAAACUGGAUAA